CGGGAUUACCCGGAUAUCCCCGAGAGGUGUGUAUAUCGAUCUGCCCAAGGUUGGGGGGAGGGCAGCUGAGCAAGUCUGGAGCUCAACGACCGCCGAACCACCAGCAAAACAGACAAAUCAUUAAUGAAACCAACAAGACCGACAAGCAACAGACCCAACAGUCGAAGGAAGACCGACGCCUGACCGAAGCUGAACUCUCAGAACCUGGUGAUUGCUUGCCGCUUUCCGACUCCAUACAUCCAUAGAUCAAGCUCUCGGGUUGAGAAACAACAUAUUCAUACUCCAGUAUAACCACCCCUCCAGGAUGGAUGGCUCGAUAUCUUCAUUGCCCACCCAGACUACCCCUACUCCACUCGGUCUUCCCCCCUCCGAAAGCUCGCGUCCAGAUCGUCCAAAGCUACUCUUCAUGGGCCCACGCAGUGGCGGCAAGUCUUCAAUUCGAGAGGUUGUCUUCCAUAAGCUCCAGCCAGAUCAAACCCUCCAUCUCGAAACAACCAGAAGGAUCACCCAAGAUGAUAUCAAAUCUUUUAUCGAUUUCGAAAUUUGGGACUUACCUGGGCCACUGGAUUCAGACGUCCUAACCUUGCCGUUUGCACACGUCGGGGCCGUCAUCUUUGUGAUCGAUGCUCAAUCUAGUUACCUCAGUACCAUUCCACAAUUGGCUUCGACCGUCAUACAAGCAUACCAGACCAACCCAGCUCUGCACUUUGAGAUCUUCAUGCACAAGAUUGAUGCGGUUACCCCAGACUACCGAAGCGAAAUUAUUGAGCAAGUUAAGGACCGCUUGACGGACGAACUCUCAGAUCGAGAACUAUCGAUCUAUGGUGUUCCAACGAUUGCUAUCGAACUCAGUCAUCGGAUAACCUACAAACUCACCACCGUUUUUGAUUACUCCAUCUACGACGCUCUGAGUCGAGUGAUUAUGAAAAUCGUCCCUCAACAGGCCGCUCUUGAACAUCUUAUGAAUCUUCUCGCCCAGCAGAGCGGAGUAGAGAAUUGUAUUCUCUUUGACACCUGGACCAAGCUAUAUAUCGCCACGGAUUCCUCACCUACAGAAAAGCCGCUUCUCGAAAUGUGUACUGAAUUCAUGGACAUCUUCACCGACCUUUCGGAACUUUAUGGAGUCCCGCAGCAGAUUUCCCCGGUCACAAGACCUACCUCGAUGACCAAUGGAUUAGGGAAGAAUGCGCCGAUGGUUUCCACCCGCCAAGUCCCCGACAGUUCGCAUACCAAACGUAGUCUCAGUCGUGGCAGGGCAUCAGUAUUGAGCCCAGCUACUCGGUCCUCUUCGGUCGCUGUCGAUCAGAACAAAAAACCCGCAAGCCUCGCGGGUAAGCGGAUGAUCACAAGCCAGGUCAAGGUCGAUACAAGCUUUGGUGGGCCUCGCGGGAUCGGGAUGCCUGGUAUCGAACAGCCCGGACGCGUGAUCUCGUACUACGAAAUCAAUCAGUUUCUUACUCUAGUUUGUAUCACACACGAAGAAAUCAUGCGCACUCAGGGCACUCUGAUAGAAUACAAUGUCUCCCGCGUCCGAGAAAGCAUUGAAAAGAUCUUCCAAAUCACCAAUGGAACCCCAUCAAAACAUCGCCGCCGAGUCUCGUAGCCAUACUCCUUGGGUACAAUCGACCGCAACCUCCUACAACACAGCCGCCUCAAAAUUCUAAAACCCGGCUCUCAUAUCUGAUGAUUAUUGACUCGCGCAUCUUCUUUUUUCAUCGCUUCAUUUUAGAUAGUCAUAUCCAACUGAAACAAAACAAAAAAAACACAAGCAAAUAAAACAAACAAAAAUCAAGCAAGCAAAAAAAUCACUAGACAAAGUACCGAUCAUUUUCACUAAUCCAGAAUUUCUAGCUUACUCUUACCCAGGGA